AUGGCUACCUUGCAUAAAUUCAAGCUCUUAGCCUCCCAAUGUGCCGUCACUGGUAGCCCCACCCGAAGUCCCACCGCUAGCCCCGUCAUUCAUCUUCGCCGCCGCCGCCGCAAAACCCUAAGAAUGCUCCUCAAUCGUACCGAUCGCCGUCGAUUUCCUUAUCAAGACACCUCCGCCGAUCCUCAAGAUGUCGACGACGAUGACGACGACGAGAAUAUGAUUCCGGAAAAGAACGAUAAGGAGGUACGAGCCAGGCGGAAACUCAAGGAUUUGUUCGUCUCGUCGCCGCCGCUCGAGGAUAAGGUUUCCGAUAGGCGAAUCGAAGAACAGGAGGGACUGUUAACGGCGAUUAACGCCAGCGCUGCCGGAAUCGGUACGACCUCCACCACUCGCCGGUCCCUGAGACCGAUAUCGACUACAUUUCGAUACAGAUUCCUCCGGCGAGCUUGGCGGCCUGUGCUCGUCGCGAUUCCGGAGUAG